AUGACGGAGAUUUGUCUUGCCACUUUCUUCAUGGCAUGCUUCCCCUAUAGAGAAGGUUCCAAGAGCUGUGUCUGCCGAGGACUGAACCGCUCAUUUCAGGAAUUUGAUGGCUCCUGCAUCUGCCAGGCUGGAUUUGUGUUUUAUGACAACCGGGAGCAACAGAGAUCGGACAGCAACAGUGACUUAGACUGCCAGCCACAGGUGGCAGAACGCUGUUCUAGUGCUGAAGUGCGCCUCUCAUCUACAAGAAAGUGUGUACACCCGGAGCAUCAUGACUGUACGCCAUCAUGCGGUCUUCAGGGCGGAGAGCUCAGCGCAGAGCUGGGAAUGUGCCAGUGUCUACAGUAUGUCUCAGCUGAAGAACUGUGUGAUCGCUUCUGCCUCAUGAAGGCACCACGUAUAUCAAUGAGCUUUGGAUCCAACAUGCGGUUCCAGCUACAAAUUGAAGAGUCUGAGAAGAGAAGAAGCCGGAAACUGGAGGUGAUGAAUGUCCUGGGUCCUGAUCACCACACGUGGAGCAGUGAGCAAGUGCACCUUGUAUUGUUCAGUCCUAGUGGGGUAUUCGGUGUCAUUCUUUCCAGCGCUCAAGUCAUCGAAGCCUUUCUGACAGGAGAUUCGUGGUCAGUGCCAACACCCAGGAAAUCACGUGCUGUUGAUCAGGUCCUCACAUCGGCAGGCGCUGUAUCUUUGCCCAGAAUACCCAAUCCUAUCCUGUGCCUCAAAAAGGGCGACGUUGUUUUAUUUCAGCUGAGCAUAUCACCGAACGAGCGGAUGUCCAGUCAUUAUCCAUUGUAUCAGAAAGACCACUUGUUUAACACCAACUCGCACUGGGACUUUGGAGCCUUCAGGAGACUUGAUCAUCUCAUCAAGGAGACCCAUAUUAAUGUUUCCAGAUUUGCCCACGUAUUCACAGAUCCUGGUACAUAUGUGUUCCUGGACAACGGGAUUAGGGAUCGAUCCCUUUUUGUGACCGUGAAAGAGAAUAAUGUGUAUUGUGAUCCAGCAGCUUCCCGUAUCCAGCCAUCUUCUCCUUAUCAGCUUGUCAAGCAGGGUAUAGUCACUCAGCAGAGACUCAACUUGGCACCAAACUGGGCAGCAAUCCUGGGUGUUCUGCUGCUGCUCUUCACAGUAAUGGUAGCUCUGCUGGUCCUGACCUGGGUACUACGACCCUCACUCUACACCCCCAGCCCCCUAAAAAACUGGAAGCCCAGGUGGAGGAGUCUUGGAGAACCCUAUAUCCCACCAGAAUAUGUGCUCACAAGAGACAGUCUCCAGUUUUAUGAAGCGGUUGGACGUCAUGGCUCUGGAGAGAUACUGGAUAAUGGGAAGAAAGAAAUAUUCUAUGGAUUAGAUCAAAGGAACUCAAUACGUGUCUUGGAGGAUUUUAAUGUACGGACUUUGUUUGACAAACUUGAAGAUCAAAAUCUUCACUUGACAUCCCAGCUGGGAAGACAUAGGAGCGAAACUCUCUCCUUCUAUAAGGCCUUUAUACACAGGAUACAGGUGCUCAAGGAAAUGUUACAGACCAUAGAACUGGGGUCCAAUAAAUGUGUUGAGUGGAGGAAAAUUCCACUUGAAGGUGAAGAGGAAAGUACAAGAGCCACAAUGACUUCUCAACAGAGUCAGAGCUCAUCCCUGAUCAUGAACCAGGCGUAUAAUGCCAACCAGACUCAAGGUGUUUUCAUGCAAGAAGCCACUGCUCUUAUGAAAAUCGUAAAGCUCUCAUUGAUGAAAGUCACCUCUGAACUAGCAGCAAAGAAAAAUAUAUCGACACUGGAGCAGCACAACCAUGUGAAGGGUCAUAUUGAACCCAGAGCUGCUAGACCCCUUGAGCAAGACCAGACCUUGGCCAAUAAGAAUGCUUACGAAGGUCUCAUCAACGGCAACAUACCAAUGCUUUCCUCUGUAGGUUUGCAGUUUCCACCAAUGAUUUUUAUGACAGCGUUGUACAGAGAGGAGAAACUGAAGAAACUGAUCACUGCCAGCCCUUUAACAAAGACUUUAGAGGAGAUCAAAGAAGCACUAAAAAAACAGUCUCAAAAAGAGAAAGAGGUUAAGGGAAGCUGCGAGCCAGUAACUGUUGGCACUCUUGUUCCAAUGGACAUGAGCCAGCUCUCCCCCCGUCAGUUGAUUGUGUUCCGCUUUGGCUCAGCUCUCCUCCAUCUUGUAUGUCAUAGCUGCUCCCAAUAUCCUCUGCUACUUCUGAUCGCUCAAGCAAUUCCAAGAAUACAGAGUUUUGGGCAGCAGAAGGAGGAUCUGCAUCUUGGAGACUCCUAUUAUGAUGCAGAAAAUAAAAUUUUGUUUGUACCACCUACAUGCCUGGAUCAUGUUGGGGAGCUAGCAGUGGUCAUUGUGCAUGCGGUGGCACAGAUCAGUACAGGGAUGCAUCAGACACCCAUUAAUAGUGAAUAUCUACAGUGCAUGAAUGGAUCUUUCAGGGCACUAUCCCAUGCGUUCUUCUAUUCUUGGGGUGCAGAGAGAUCGGAGAAGGUCACAGACAUGGGUGAAGGACAGUCUGACAUGAAAACCGCAUUCAGAGACCUUCUGAUGAUCCACAAACUACCGGAUCAUUGUCAUAAGCAGAGAAGCUGUGAAUUUUACAGCAAGUUUAAAAACCAGAGAAUCAUGGAAAAUGUGUUUAUAAAGAAUUCUGGAUGUCUCAGAGAGAGUCCCAAAGAGCAGAGUUCAGAUCAGAUGGCUAUGCAGGAAGAGGCAAUAGAUGUCCUCAAUGAAAAAUUCCUCCAGCUGGUAGAACAAGCAAUGAAAAACAAGAGGGAAUUCAGAGACCUGAGUGCUGGAACCAAGAACGUUAAAGAUCCAUCUGUGUUUAAUAGGUUGGCAGAAAAGAGGGACCAGGCUGUACUGCUUGAAAUACAGAGGCGUUUCACAUCUGAGAAGAUUAGUGCUUCAGAAUCUGAAUUACUUUAUCUGCAUCAGCCGGACACUGCAUCCUCUGCAUUCCGGAAAUCAAGUUGUAACUAGCAUUUUGACGCACUUGAUAAGUGACUGCUAUGACAUAAAACAUAGUUACAUACAUACUGUAUAAAGCAUGAAUACUGCCGUGAGCUCUGGCCUGAAAGGGGUGUUAAG